AUGAGGAGGAAAUGCAAGUUCUCUUUACUACCAAGCUUGAAGAGAGGAGUAAUUGUAUAUGCUUAUGAUUCUAAUCCUACGGAAUCCGAUUCUUAUAGACAGGAAAGCACUAGUUUGCGGAUUAAUGGGGUGGUACCAUUUCGUGGGAAAUCAGGUUCCAUUUCAUUUGUUGGGGUGACUCAUCAGUUGGUUGAAGAAAGUAAAUUAGUGUCAGCUCCUUCUGCAGAAAGCACUGGCUCGUUUCUCUGGGCGUGGGCUCCUAUUUCCCUGAUUUCAUCACUGGUCAUUCCGCAGCUCUUUGUUGGUGCUGCAAUUGAUGGCUUCUUCGGUGAUGAGAUCCUCUCAGGUCAAUUUGAACGGCUUUUUCAGUUUGCCAGAAGAAUUGAGGAUUUUAUGUUUACAAUCACCCCGGAAGAGGUUACUGCCUGGAUCCCAUUCCAGAUAGGACAAUCGAAAAUGGAUCUUCAAAAGGUGGUGAAAUCCAGUUUAUCGCGGAAGGAGUUUCUGGACAAGUACGAUAACUUUGCACAACUUGUUGCCAAGAUUUACCCUAACGAGACAAUUCCAUUGAUAGCAGAAAUGAGAGAGCUUUUGGCAUCCAUGUAG